AUGAGUAAUGGUGAGAUAGAAAUGAUGAAACAACAUCAUUUAAUCGACGUAGAGGAAAUAGAAGAAAGGAUUGAUGAAAUGUUUAAGAAUUUAAGCAUUUCACCUAUUGAAUCGCGUACCAUAUUCAAAGUAAACAAGAUGUUACGUGAAUUAAAUUCAGAUGCUUAUACACCAAAGAUGGUCUCUAUUGGUCCUUACCAUAAGAAAAAUCCUCAACUUGAUCCAAUGGAAAAGUACAAAGUGUCAUACCUAAAACGGUUUCUUCAACGAAGAGAGGGGCUUGAUGUAAAAAAAUACAUCAGUGAAUUGAUGACUCUGAAGGAGAAAGCACUAAAUUGUUACGACGACAUACAAGACUCUAUAGAAGACAAUAGUGAAUUUUGCCAAAUGUUGUUGAUUGAUGGUUAUUUUGUGGUUGAGUUUAUUCGAGAGCGUAGUAAAUUGUGUCCAGAAGGAGAAGAUAGGAUUAUCAUGAAUGCUAAUCGUGUACAUGAACCCUAUAGAGAGACAAAAUGUAAUAAUGUUGAAAAUAUCAAACAUUUACUUCAUCUAGUACACAUAUUUUCAUGUCAUAGGAAUCCCAAAAAAGAGUCAAACGAUGACAUAAUGUAUUCUAUGGUCAUGCCAAAUGCAAUAGAACUUUCAGAAGCUGGAGUUAGCUUUUCAAUGUCCAGAGAUAUGGCAAGUUUAAUGGAUAUAAAGUUCAAGAAUGGAUUGAUGACAAUUCCUUGUUUACGAGUCGAAGGUGCAACAGAAACCCUCCUGCAAAAUCUCAUUGCUUAUGAGCAACAAUCAUCUGAUGUACAAGAUACAUAUUUCAGUGAUUAUGCAACUUUCAUGGAUCGUCUUAUCGGCUCAGACAAAGAUGUAAUAUUUUUUCUUCGCCAAAAAGGAAUCAUAGUGAACUGGACAACAGAUGACAAAGAAAUGGCUAGCCUAUUCAAUAAAAUCAUAAAAGGGAUCACUAAGUAUUCCGUCUUCUAUUACAAAGAAGAAUUCAAAAAAGCAGUUGAACAUUGUGAAAAACCAUGGAACAGAAUGAGGGCAAAUGUGAUGCACAAUUAUUUUAAUAAGUCUUGGGCAAGAGCUUCAACUGUGGCAGGCAUCAUACUCUUCAUACUCACAACUAUACAAACUAUUCUAGCUUUUAUGGGUUCCGUUAAGUAA